UCGGAAUAUUUAAUCAUUAAAUGUGGUUUUUUAUCAACCAACACAACUUGAGAUGGGAUAGAAUUAUGAAAUAAAUAACGUCGUGUAAGGUUGUAUAAAGGUAAGCGUAGUACUACAAGAAGUCACAUAAUCUACAGAAUUCACGUGAUACCACUGUAGAAGAAGUGAGGAAAAUAAAAUGUUUCGAUUCAGCACUCUGCUGAUUGCUUUAUGCCUUUGGACAACGAAAGCAAAGGCUGACAACUUCUGGUCGUAUGAAGAAUUUGGUUCUGGUUCAGAACCGAUUGACGAACAAUGCUGUAUCGAUAUGCAAAGUCAGAUCGAUGAAAUAAACGGACAGGUUGCGGCAUUGCAGUCACAGGUAUCAAGUUUGCAAAAUCAAGUAGAACAGAUUGAAGUGACAAUCAACUUUACAAGUCCGAAACAAUCGUGUGAACAAUACAAACUCAUGAGUUAUGAUUCCGGAUACUAUGAAAUAGAUCCAGACGGCGCCGAUGGUGCUAUACCACCGUUUCAAGUAUACUGCGACAUGACAUCAGAUCCAGAAUGGGCGGUUACGAUGUUGGGACAUGAUUCUGAAGAAAGAACUUACGUACGUGGGUGCCAGGAUCCAGGGUGUUUUUCUCAUGACGUCACAUACGAUCAAACUUGGGAACAAAUUCAAGCCGUUAUGUGGACAUCCAGGUCCUGUCAACAAUAUCUGUCGUACGAAUGUCUUGGAUCAAUGAUGUUUUCAUACAAUGAUUAUGCGUGGUGGGUGUCAAGAGAUGGCGAAGAGCAACAUUACUGGGCUGGAGCUGAUCCAGGAAGCAAAAUGUGUGAAUGCGGAAAGAAGGGAACAUGCGAAGGGAAAGCUACCACUUGCAAUUGUGAUAAUAAUGACUUGGUGUGGAGACAAGAUGACGGGUAUCUAACGUCAAAGGAUACUUUGCCUGCGACUCAGCUCUUUUUUGGAGACGUUUUAGGAGUUGAAGAAAGAGGGUAUUUCACUCUUGGAAAAUUGGAAUGCAAGGGAGAAGUUAGCACCAAAGAUUGUACCGGUCUCAAGUCAGACGGAAACCCAUCUGGAUACUAUACGAUAGCUCCCGGUGCUGGUGUUCAACCGUUUGAAGUCUAUUGCGAUAUGGAUUCUUAUCCUGGAACAGGGAUAACAGUUGUUCAUCAUGAUAAAGAAAGUCAGAGUUCACAACUUUAUUACUAUACUGACAACGAUAUUGAAGUCAACUACAAUGCAACUAUGGUUCAAAUUGGUGCUCUUAUUAACGGAUCUAAUAACUGUGAACAAUACAUUGAGUGGCAAUGUCGUGGAACAGGAAUGCUGUACAGUGGAUACACUUGGUGGAUUUCAAGACAAGGAGACAAAAUGACAUACUGGGGUGGAGCUGAUCCGACUCAUGAUGGAUACUGCGCUUGUGGAGAGACAGGAUCCUGCCAGCCUGGCAAUUCAUAUUAUUACAAGUGCAACUGUGAUUAUACGGGUACUUCAACAAUUCGAGUGGAUGCAGGAUAUCUAUACGAUAAAAAUGUACUUCCAGUUACUGGAAUGCACUAUGGAUUCUAUACAACUUCAUCAUCGUACUACGGAUACUACACGUUGGGACCAUUGAAAUGUUACUAAAAGAUUGGCCCAGUAAUGAUACCGAAAUAAUUCUUGUGUUACCGAUAUGAGAUAAAAUUGUGUA